AUGACCACGAAACCUGAGUCUCUGUUACCAUAUUACACAGCCCAGAGCGGCUCCGGCGUCGGCAUGUUCAACACUGCCAUGGGGAAACUACAACGGCAGCUGUACAAAGGAGAGUAUGAUAUAUUCAAGUAUGCACCGAUAUUCGAGAGUGACUUCAUCCAGAUCACCAAACGGGGAGAAGUGAUUGACGUUCACAACCGUGUCCGAAUGGUGACCGUGGGCAUCGCGUGUACCAGCCCCAUCCUUCCACUCCCUGACGUCAUGCUACUGGCCCGACCAGCCCCGGGCUGUGAAGACUUUCCUGGACGUGGCCAAACCAUCAAGGGCAAAAAUCGCAAGGCUGGGAAGGCCUUGGAGCUAACCAGGCUCCUUCCUUUGAGGUUCGUAAGGCUCUCUGUUCACAACCAAGAGAAACAACAGCUACGCCUCAAGUUUGCCACUGGCCGUUCUUGCUACCUGCAGUUGUGCCCCCCUCUCGAGGGACGGGACGACCUCUUUACCUAUUGGGAAAAAUUGAUCUACCUCCUGAGACCACCUGUGGAGAGUAACAGCAGCACUUAUGCCAUCCCAGCAGAGGACAUGGUGUGCAUACCUCUGCUGGAUGAGGAAGACAAGCCAAAUGCAGCAGUGGCAGAGUGCCAAGGAAAAGGAGACCCAGACCAGGUCAGCAUCAGAAGCCUCCCCAUGGUCACAGAUGUGACUGGGGUCAGCUCGGCUGCUUUUGCUGGUGGCGAGGGACUCCGUCACAACUCCCGCAAACCCACCACUGUGCAGGGUGUAUCCAUCCCCAAAACAAAAUCAAAAGACCUUGCCAAAGAGUCAGCUACAGGGGCAGCAGCAGCCACAGCGGGUGGCCUAGCAGGCGCUUUGAGCUUGGCAGCAACCAGGUCUGUAGACUCUGGGCAGAUAAACGCAGCCAUAGCAGGGGGUGCUAUCAUGGGGGCAAGAGGAAGCAAAAGCCAUUUGUCCAUCACAAGCGCUGGCAAGAUGUCCCCAGAAAGCAUGAAGGUUGCCUUGGCAGGGACGGCCAGCAGAUCCCUGGAGUAUAUUUCCAGUGCUUCCACCAGCAUCUCCCGAAAAGAGAGCAUGGCUAUGGCAAUUGCAAGAAUAGAACCUACUAGCAAGUCUGUUGGAGAGACAGCAGCUGAUUCAGACACAGCAGCUUUUCCCUCUACCUUGCCAAGAGAAAGCCAGAAAACUGAACAGACUGCACAGCCGAAAGCCCCUGAGGGUAACACUGAAGCCAAUAAAGAAAGGAGAGAAAGACGGGAGCGGAGAGCAAAGGACAGGGCUGGUAGCAGGAGCUCCCAUCACCACAGGACAGGAGAAGGUCGCCGCAAGACAACAGGGGACAAGGGGGUUCGGAAAUCAGCCAGCCGCAGAUCCGCUCGCGAUGAGAAGAAGGAAAAAGGCACCCUCAGGGGAAGCAAGCGAAACAGGUCGCACAAAGGGGUCAGCCAUGUCCCCAUCACGAAGGAGUCCCGGAGCUCCCACAAAUCAGGCAGGACCCUCUCCAGCACCAGCUCUGUGUCUACAAGCAAGAGGCUUGGCAGAAUCAGCUUGUUCCUGAGGAACAUCAGAGCCAACCUGGCUGCAAAAGCCCUGGCGUCACAGCGUGACCAGGAUGUGAACAUCGUGGCCAAGACCCUGGAGACCACCAACGUGGAGGCCAUCAUGGAGACAGAGAGUGGUCAGGCCCUGGACAUCAUUGGUUCUGUGACAUCCGAGGUCAUGGAGACAGUGAUCUUUGAGGCUUCUUAA